AGACCCCUGCACUAUGGGACACUCAUGGGCAGCAGAGCUUGUGUGAAAAUGGCAGCAGCUGCCUGGGGCACUGGUUUUCUCAAUGCUCUCCUGCACACUGCUAACACAUUUUCAAUACCACUCUGCCAAGGCAACACAGUGGACCAGUUCUUCUGUGAAGUUCCCCAGAUCCUCAAGCUCUCCUGCUCAGACUCCUACCUCAGGGAACUUGGGCUUCUUGUGGUUAGUCUUUGUUUACUCCUUGGGUGUUUCAUUUUCAUUGUGGUGUCCUACGUGCAGAUCUUCACAGUCGUGCUGAGGAUCCCCUCUGAGCAGGGCCGGCACAAAGCCUUUUCCAUGUGCCUCCCGCACCUGGCCGUGGUCUCCCUGUUUGUCAGCACUGCAAUGUUUGCCUACCUGAAGCCCUCCUCCCUCUCCUCCCCAUCUCUGGAUCUGGUGGUGGCUGUUCUGUACUCGGUGGUGCCUCCAGCAGUGAACCCCCUCCUC